AUAAACACAAGCACCUGUUUCCAGUGUUUUCCUCUCCACCCUCUCUAGCUAGAACAACUCACCUAGUACUUCUCCUUCUAACAUCAUUAGAUUCUCUCUCUCAUCAGGCAGGCUAGUGCUAGUGAGAGAAUUGAAGGCAAAAAUGGAAAGAAAAGCAUGCCUUGGGAGUUUCUUUGAGAAGGCUAAGCCUUACAUAGCCAUGAUCUGUUUGCAAUUUGGGUAUGCUGGAAUGAACAUUAUCACCAAAGUUUCUCUCAACAGAGGGAUGAGCCACUAUGUUCUUGUGGUCUAUAGACAUGCCUUUGCCACUGCUGUCAUUGCUCCCUUUGCUCUUGUACUUGAAAGGAAAGUCAGGCCGAAAAUUACGUUCAUGAUUUUCAUGCAGAUGUUCGUCUUAGGACUACUUGGACCCGUGAUUGAUCAGAACUUCUACUAUGUUGGGCUCAAAUUCACUUCCCCGACCUUUUCAUGUGCCAUGAGCAACAUGCUUCCUGCAAUGACAUUCGUCAUGGCAGUUCUCUGCAGGAUGGAGAUUUUGGACAUGAAGAAGUUGAGGUGCCAAGCAAAGGUUGUAGGAACAGUAGUAACAGUUGCUGGGGCGAUGCUGAUGACACUCUAUAAAGGUCAUGUCAUAAACUUGGUAUGGUCCAACAGGAACACAUCCAAUGUUGCUGCACUUCCCACUCAAGACACUGACAAGGAUUGGGUUAAGGGCUCAAUUCUUCUCAUCCUAGCCACUCUUGCUUGGGCUUCUUUCUUCAUCCUUCAGGCUAUAACAAUGAGGAAAUACACAGCCCAGCUCUCACUGACAGCAAUUGUGUGCUUCUUGGGAACACUGCAAUCUAUUGCUGUCACAUUUGUCAUGGAGCACAGACCAAAUGCUUGGGCCAUUGGCUGGGACAUGAACCUCCUUGCCGCUGCCUAUGCUGGUAUUGUUUCAUCAAGCAUUGCUUACUACGUGCAAGGACUUGUGAUGCAAAAACGAGGGCCUGUAUUCGUGACUGCAUUCAGCCCAUUGAUGAUGAUCAUCGUGGCAAUCAUGGGCUCUUUCAUCCUGGCUGAAAAGAUUUACGUUGGAGGGGUUCUUGGAGCAGUACUGAUUGUGAUUGGACUGUACUCAGUGUUGUGGGGAAAAUACAAGGAAUUCAAGGAGAAGGAAGCAGACGAAAUUCCUGAGCCAGUAAAGGACACGAUCAUCAGAGCAGGCUGUAACGAUCACAACACAACUCAUGACGAUAUCGAAGCAAAUGCUGUCGAAAUUCAGACCACCAACGAAUCAAACAGAGCUUAAUUAAAGAUAAUUAACAAGAAAAUUAGGAAGAAAUUAGAGAUACUAAUAUCUCCUAAUCAUAUCUACCUUAGUUAAUUUUGUUUCUGCAUAAUUGCUUUUAAUUUUGGCCGAGGUUGUAGACUUUAGUGUAAGUCAUGAGCUGAAAGUUUCUGAAGAGGAAUUCAUGGACGAAAAUCGAACCUUUUUUUUGUUAUCUCUUUUGGAUAUUUGGUACGUGGUAGUGGUUUUUUCCCUAUGUCCACAUUGCAAUGAAUAAUUAAUGUAUCGAUUUUGGACAA